AUGGCGUCUCCCCACUCCGCCGCCUCCCUCCCCUCCAAUCCCUUCGAUGGUCCGGCCCCUCCCCAGGUGGAGGUCGUCCGCGAUCUCGACAUCUUCGCCCGCGUGCCCGUCGUUCUUGACUACGCCUCCAUCACCUAUUAUGCCUGGAAAACCUACUUCUCCCUCAUCUUCCGCGAGUACCACCUCAUCGAUCACGUCGAUGGCUUCGUCGACUCCGGCCUCAUGUACGCGGACGACGACUGGCUGACCAUCGACGCCACCAUCACUCGCUGGCUGUACCAAACCAUCUCCAAGGACAUCUUCCACACCAUCGUUUGCGACACCGAUGACGCGCAAACGCUUGACUCGUCCAUCGACGAUUAUUGCAUGCGCCUUAAGAAACUUGCUGACGAACUUCGCAACCUCGGGGGGCGGGUCUCCGACGACCUCCUCCUCAGCAUGCUCACCGCCGGUCUGAACGAGGAGUUCGGCAACGCGGCCUCCAACCUCACGUUCCUCCCGGACCCGACCUUUCCUCUGGUCGUGGCCUACCUUCGGUUGGAGGAGAGGAGGAUGAAGAUGGUGAAGUCCCGGGCGACGCACACGGCUCUCGCGGCGGGCACCUCCCGCGCCGCCCCUCCCACGGCGCAGCAGCCGCCGCGGCCGCCGCCGCCGCCGGCGUCGUACUUUCAGGCGCCACCGGCGCCCGUCUACCAGCUGACGCCCCCUGCCCCUAAUCGCCGCCGCGGGGGGCGCCACGGACGCUCGUACCCGGAUGGUGCUCCACCGAUGUGA